AUGGCGGACCUCGACGACGCGCAGCCGAUUCAUGACGGCACCGCGAAUGGGGCUCGCGCCGACAGCCUCAAAGCGGUUGAGGCGAACGCGCUGCGCGAAUGGGACCCGAAGAAGUUGCUCAAAGCGCUCUAUGAGGUCUCAUACGAGCCGCGCGUCGAGACCAAACGCAAUCGGUUCAUCUCAAUGGAGGGUCAUGUGGAGGUACCUGCCGAUGAGGUAACGAAAGCUGAUGGAUUAGACAAUGAUGGAUGGAUGAAGCAAUACAUUCGGACGAAGGAAGGACGAUUGCAGAUAUUUGCGUCGCAUUACGCCGGCGAAGCGCCAGCUCAAGAGCUCAUCCUCUCCGGCGCCGACGUCGACGCCAACAAGGAGGAGCGUACGUUGACGAUUCACGGCGGUCGUGAGCACGUCAAAUACUUCUGUCGGGUGCCGUCGGCGUUGUUCGACAAAUGGCGCCAAUCAUUUCUGUCGCAUUGCGCCUCGACGCAAAUCGACGCGUUCGUCAAGCCGAUUCCGCGAGCGUUUCAGCACCUCACCGAACGCGUGCUCAUUCUCGAAUUGGGCUCGUGUUCGAUUCGCGCCGGCGUUCUCACGACGGAGCCGUCGCUUCCGCAAUGCUUCUUCCCGUCGAUCGCCGUCAAACUCGACGACGGGCGAAUUGUGGUGGGAAGCGACGCGUACGCGCCGGCGAAUCGGCACGCCGGCGAGUUUGCGCGACCGAUUCAGGCCGUCGACGUCUCCGUCGACCAGUAUCGAAUCGAUAGAGGCGUCGUCAAAGCGUGCAUCGAUCACGUCAUCAAAGAGCUCAAAUUGGAGACGUUCAAAUACAAGGUGCUGUUGUCGAUUCCGCAGAAUAUUCCGAAUGUGCUCGUCGGUGACUUGCUGCAAGUCUGCCUCGAUGACUGCAAAUUCCAGGCGGCGGCGAUCACACGACAACCAUCACUUAUUCUCUAUGCUUAUGAUGUGACGACCGGCGUCGUCGUCGACAUUGGCGAUCGACUCAAUAUCGUACCGGUUAUUGAUGGCUACGUUGUUGAAUCGGCGAUCUGCUCGAUUCCAUACGGUUCCGCGCAAAUGGGCGAAUCAUUGCGAGCUUCAUUGAGCGCCCACAACAAGGGUCUCUACGCAUUCCAGAGUCCCGUCGAGAAGCUGAUUUUAAGAUAUGUCAUGGAACAGACAACCUACGUGCCGGAAGAUUACCAAAAAGAGGAGAAGAGCGAGAAUCGCGAGGUUCGAGUAUCAUUAGAUGCUUUUGAUCCGACGCCGGGAAUGCUCACAAAAUUUGAUAUUGAUAACUCGAGAUUCCUUUGCACCGAAGGAUUGUUUAAGCCGAAGAAAUGGAAUCUCGACACGAAGGGACUUCAUCAGCUCAUCCAUGAAGCAAUUCAACAAUGCCCAAUUGAUAGUAGGAGGACGUUGUAUAGGAAUAUCUAUCUGGCCGGUGGAGCUUCGCUGAUGCCGGGGCUUGCCGAGAAGCUUGAGCAGGAGCUUUCCACAGUGGUGCCGAAUACGAUUCACAUGCAGGUUAGCAUUUCGCCGUGGAGGUACAACGCGGCGUACCUUGGCGCCCAGGUUGUCGCGUCGGCGUCAACAUUUGAGGACUCGUGCAUCACCGCGCAGCAACUUCCCAAAUUUUUGACGCAGCUCAAAGCUGCCGCUUUUUAA